AUGCCUGUUCCUUGGGAGGCCUUAAUUCCUUUUGGUCUAUUGACUGUCAUGUUUGGAGCUACCGGUACUUUGUUCAACACAGCCAAGAGGUUAACGAAUGAUGGAAAGCCACCACGUUACAACCUCGAUUCAUGGGAGACAAUGAUGAUGGAACGGGAUAGGAGAUUGACUGGAUCGUUACGAGGACAAAGUACCGACCCUAUCGCUCCGAAGGAAUUCGCUACCAACUCAGUAUGGGAUACGGAGAGAGUACAUUAG